AUGCAGGAAUCUAGAUUGGUUAUGGAUGUUCCAGAAGAAAUCUGGGAACAAAUAAUCUCUCUCCUAAUCCUAGAUGAUCAUGAUCUUCACUUAGAACCCUUAUCCCUCGUUUCUAAAACCUUUCUUUCAAUCACUAAUCGUCUCAAACAAACCCUAAUUAUCUCAAACCCAACUUCCAAUUUCAUCCCCAAACUCUUCCUUCGAUUCCCUAACCUCAAACACAUCUCCCUUUCCGAUUUCCAUGGCGAACUCACUUCGAUUCUUCAAUUCAUUUCACUUUCCAAUUUCCCACUUGAAUCCCUUGACCUCUCUAAUCGCGACGAUUUCCCUUCUGAUUCGAUUCAACAAUUCCCCAAUUCGUCUCUCAAGUCGAUUAAAUCGCUCAAGUUGCAUAAUCUUUCGAUUUUUACUGAUUCCGAUUUGGGGGUUAUUUCCCAGUUCAUCACUAAUUUGGAGGAGUUGGAUGUUAGUGAUCCAAAGGAGGAUUGCUGCGUUACUGAUAUUUCUGGUGGUGCUGCUAUAGGAAUCACUGAUGAUGGCGUUGAUUUGCUUGCUUCGAAGCUACCUCAUCUCAGAAAGGUUAAUUUGUCUGGUAAUUUAUUCAUUUCUGAUAAAUCUCUUAUUAAUCUUUCUGAGAAAUGCUUGAAUUUGGAGGAGAUUAUAGUAAAAAGUUGCAAUUUCGUGACUCAAACUGGUGUUGCUUUUGCUUUACAAAAUUGCCAGAAUUUGAAUUCUGUAUCUGUUCUAGGGAUGGAUUUGGUUGUUUCACCUGAGAUGAAUCAAUCUUUAUCUUCUGCUAGAAACUUAUCUGUGCUUGAUUUCUCUUACAUGAGUGUUUCCGAUCCAUUGUUGUUCUCCAUUGUCAAAGCUUCAAUUCCUUUGAAGAAAUUCACUCUAUACCAUUGCAAAGAUUUCACGUUUUCUGGGGUUUUAUCCCUUUUACGAACUUACAAUUCCCUUCAAUACUUAGCUCUAGAAGGUGUUUACUGGAUUACUGAUCGAACCAUCAUCGACAUGUCAAAGUUCCUUCGUAAAGUCACCACUGUAAAGCUCAACUUCUGUUCAAGACUCACUAGUUCUGGGUUUCUCACCUUGCUUAAGAAUUGCCCUUCUUUAGACAUUCUAGAAAUGGAGAAAACAGACAUGGGAAAGCAAGAAUUCGCUGUAAACAAUGCCUACAACCCACAAACUCGAGCUCUUAUCUUGAAUUCGAACAAGAACUUAAGCAACGAAUGCCUAGAAAAAAUCGCAUUCUCCUGCCCAAACCUAGAACUUCUAGAUGUGAGUGAUUGUUCUUCCAUUACAAGGAAAGGAAUUGGUGAAAUUAUUCGAAACUGCACUGGUUUGAGGCACUUACAGAUGAAUGGGUGUGGUAUGAUCAAAAGUCUAGGAAUGGAUGCAAAGCUUCGUAAAUUACAGGUUCUGAGAGCGUCCGGGUCGGGCCUUAACGAUGAUGGGUUGAUGAUGAUUGCAAAGAAGUGUCCUGCACUCUUGUACUUGGAUGUCAUGGGUUGUUCAGGUAUAACCUCGAAAGGGGUGAAAGAAGUAGUUCACCAUUGUACAAGGUUGAAGGAGAUUAACUUGAACUGGUGUCGCGAUAUGAGUCGUGACAUUGUUGCUUGGAUGGUGUUUUCAAGGCCUUCAUUGAGGAAGAUAGUGCCACCAUGUGGAUUUGUUGCAACUGAACAUGAGAAGAGCUUGUUCCUGCGCCAUGGUUGUCUGAUAGAUGAAAUCUGA